ACCCAUCAGCGGACAGGUCCAGCCCCCGGGACCGCUCCCUCCAGGCUUCCUCCAGCAGCCCCCCGGGACCCGGACCGGACCCCCGGUUCUUCUCUUUGUCUGUUUUUCUGGGGGUGUGUUGUCGUCAGGGACCGUGCUGAUGGAGUCCGCGGACGGCGGCUCCUGCGGGGUGUGCGGGGUGAAGGUGAUGUGCCGCUUCCGGCCGCUGAGCGACGCGGAGCGGACCCGAGGAGACAAAUUCAUCCCCAAAUUCAGCGGAGAGGACACGGUGGUGGUGGCGGGGAAGCCGUACGUGUUUGACAAAGUCCUUCUUCCAAACUCGGAACAGGUGCAGGUGUACGAAACUUGCGCAAAGCAGAUCGUCAAAGAUGUGUUGGGAGGAUACAACGGCACCAUCUUUGCCUAUGGUCAAACCUCAUCAGGAAAGACUCACACCAUGGAGGGGAACCUGCAUGACCCCCGUUACAUGGGGAUCAUCCCUCGCAUUGCCACAGACAUCUUUGACCACAUUUACUCCAUGGACGAGAACCUGGAGUUCCACAUCAAGGUCUCUUAUUUUGAAAUCUAUUUGGAUAAAAUCAGAGACUUAUUGGAUGUGUCAAAGACCAACCUGGCUGUUCACGAGGACAAAAACCGUGUCCCUUUUGUCAAGGGCUGUACCGAGCGCUUUGUGUCCAGUCCUGACGAGGUGAUGGACGUCAUUGACGAAGGAAAGGCCAACAGACACGUGGCCGUCACCAACAUGAAUGAACACAGCUCUCGCAGCCACAGCAUCUUCCUCAUCAACAUCAAGCAGGAAAACAUGGAGACUGAGCUGAAACUGUCUGGGAAACUUUACCUGGUGGACCUGGCCGGCAGCGAGAAGGUGAGUAAGACGGGAGCAGAAGGUUCCGUACUGGAUGAAGCCAAGAACAUCAACAAGUCUUUAUCUGCUCUGGGGAACGUCAUCGCUGCUCUGAGUGAAGGAACGAAAACCCACGUCCCGUACAGAGACAGCAAGAUGACCCGGAUUCUACAGGACUCGCUGGGAGGAAACUGCAGAACCACCACCAUCAUCUGCUGCUCGCCGUCGUCUUACAACGAGGCCGAGACCAAGACCACGCUCAUGUUCGGCCAGAGAGCUAAAACCAUAAAGAACACAGUGUCUGUGAACCUGGAGCUCACCGCUGAGGAGUGGAAGAAGAAAUAUGAAAAGGAGAAAGAGAAGAACAGGAGUAUGACCGUCACCAUCCAAAAACUGGAGAGCGAGUUGAAGCGCUGGAGGAAAGGAGAGGCUGUACCCGUGGCCGAGCAGCAGAGCAACAAGAGCAGCAAGAGCAGCGCCGUGCCGACGGCGCCGGACAGCGCGGCCCCGCCGGCCGUCCCUCUGUCUGACGGGGAGAAGACGCAGUACGAGACUCUCAUCACUGAACUGUACCAGCAGCUGGACGACAAGGAUGAUGAAAUCAAUCAGCACAGUCAGACGUCUGAGACGCUGAAUAUUCAGCUGGUUGAGCAGGAUGAGCUGCUGGCGUCCGGCCGGCAGGACUACGAGCGGCUGCAGGAGGAGUUCUCCCGCCUGCAGAGGGACAGCGACGCGGCCAAGGAGGAGGUGAAGGAGGUGCUGCAGGCGCUGGAGGAGCUGGCCGUCAACUACGACCACAAGAGCCAGGAGGUGGAGAACAAGAACCGCUGCAGCCAGCAGCUCAACGAGGAGCUGGCGCAGAAAAGCGCCCUGCUGGAGGUGUCUGAGAGGGAGCUGUCCUCCCUGCAGGAGCUCAGCUCCCACCACAGGAGGAGGUCUGCAGACAUCCUGGCCCUGCUGCUCAGAGACCUCAGCGACAUCGGCAGCAUCCUGGGGACCACCGAGCUCAAAGCUAUGGCGGAGACGAGCGGCGUGAUGGAGGACGAGUUCACCACAGCUCGGCUCUACCUCAGCAAGAUGAAGUCCGAGGUGAAGUCUCUGCUGAGCCGCAGCAAGCAGCUGGAGCUCAGCCUGACGGAGGGCAGCGGCAGGAUGGAGGCCACGGAGAGAGAGCUCAGCUCCUGCCAGCUGCUCGUCUCGCAGCUCCAGGCCAAGCUGGCGUCUCUGAGUGACGACCUGCAGAGUGUGGAGCAGAAGAAGAGGCAGCUGGAGGAGAGUCAGGAUUCUCUGAUGGAGGAGAUCGCCAAGCUCCAAGCCCAAGGUCAGAUGCAGGAGGGGGUGGUGAUGGACAAAGAGAAGGAGCACAUGAGCCGACUGAAGGAUGCCGUGGACAUGAAGAGAACCCUGGAGGAGCAGAUGGAGAACCACAGAGAAGUCCACCAGAAGCAGCUGAGCCGGCUCCGGGACGAGAUCGAGCACAAGCAGAGAGACCUGGACCAGCUCAAGGAUGUGAACCGGGCUGUGACGCUGGAAAACCGGAAACUUCAGUCUGACUUUGACAAGCUGAGAGCUGACGAUCAGAACAAAGAGCAGAAACUCCAAAAACUGCAGUUUCUGAAUGAGAGGAGGGAACAGGCCCGGGAGGACCUGAAGGGUCUGGAGGAGACGGUGGCCAAGGAGCUGCAGACGCUGAGCAGCCUCAGGAAGCUCUUCAUCCAGGACAUGAACGCUCGGAUCAAGAACAGCUCGGAGAACGACAACGACGAGGCCGGCGGCAGCGUGGCCCAGAGACAGAGGAUCAUCUUCCUGGAAAACAACCUGGAGCAGCUCGGAAAAGUCCACAAGCAGCUUGUCCGAGACAACGCAGACCUGCGGUGCGAGCUGCCCAAGCUGGAGCGGCGUCUGCGGGCCACGGCAGAGCGGGUGAAAGCUCUGGAAAACACCCUGAAGAAAGCCAAGGAGUCGUCCGUGAGGGACCGCAAACGCUACCAGCAGGAAGUGGAUCGCAUCAAAGACGUGGUCCGGUCCAAGAACAUCUCCAAGAGAGGACACUCUGCUCAGAUCGCAAAGCCGAUCCGGGCUGGACACCAGCACCACCAGCAGCUCUCCUCUGCUCCAUCCCUGAAACCCACCAUCAGAGGAGGGGGAGCGGGGAUCAGUCCACGCCACCGUCCCCUCCGGCAACAAGCUCCCCAACAGCCACAGUUACCACGGCAACAACCUCCCCAACAGCCACAGUCACCACGGCAACAACCUCCCCAACAGAGAGCCUGCAAGUAAGCUGCAGGUGGUGCUCCGGACCACUCUCACCGCUCUGCCUUUACCAGGACCUGAUUUCUACGAGUUUCCUCCUGCACAGCCCCCCGGUGCUCUCUGUGCUGCCCGGAUCUUUUCUUAUCUGUUCUCCGUCAGAACUCUGGUCUGGUUCUGGUUCUGGUUCUGGCUCUGGGUCAAGCCCAGGUUUUCUAAGUCUCUGUCUGCUGUUACCAGGUUUAACAGAUUCUCACUGCUCCUGUGAGCAAAUCAGCUUUGAUUUGAUUUCAACUGAAAAAUCAUCACCAUCCGCACGUUUGCACAUAGCUACUGAACUAGAAUCUACAUUUAAAAGGUUGUGUUACGCCGUCUUGAUUUAACUGCCAUUUGCACAGAAAAGGGAACUUUUUUUUUUACAUUUCUUUCAUAUUAAUUUCUAAGAAUUUAUGACUAGAAUUGGUCUUUUUUGUGUUACUAUUAUUAUUAUUAUUAUUAUUAUUAUUAUUAUUAUUAUUAUUAUUAUUAUUAUUAUUAUUAUUAUCAUCAUUAUUAUUAAUACUGUUUACUGUCCAACCAUUAUUCUCCUCUCAACUCCCCCUGGGGUCUGUGAACAUGAACCACGAUCUCAGACUUAAAACUGCUGUAAACUGCUCCAGUAUCCAACUCCAACUCCCACAUAGAUUGAAUGAGGACUGACAAUUUCAAGCAUUUCUAAGCAAACAUGUUCAUGUUAAGAUUCAAAACUAUAAAAAUCUCAUGGAAAUGUUUACUAACUGUUGCAGCACUUCCUUAAUGAUUAGCUGAAAGCUAAUUUAAAAAGCUGGAUGACAUGUUUAUAACUUAGGACUUUGCAGGUUUUCCCCCAAAGCAACAUACAGUGAAACCAGUAAAACUUACAUUCAUUUAAAUAUAACAAAUGAACAGUUUAACUGAAGGGACGACUGACUUUAUGGUGGCCAGUCUCUAGUGACACAAUGACUAAGUUUCCAUGCAUCAAUAACCCUUUUCUAACCGGAAUAUUAGCAAUAACCCGGUUUUGCACGGCCAUGUAAACACCAAUAACCCCUUUGAAUAACCGGAAUUUGCUCAUAUUCGAAUAUGACCCCUGGGUUACUCCUUUUAAAACCCGAAUAUUGGGUCAUGUAAACGCCAAACUGAAUAUCCCCAUCAAGAGGAACAGAAAUGUGUUUUCUGCGCAUGCUCUGUUCACAAGGAAUCCUGGUCUUUUGAGUCCAGGACGUUCUUAUAAACAUGGAGAAUUUGAAUUUGGAUGCAGGAAGAAGAAGCAGAAAUAACGGUGAUUGCGUCAUGACGUUCUCCGUGCGUCGCUGGUUUGAUCCAGAUAUCCCAAAUGAUUAAUCACCAUGUAAACAGGGAUAACCCUGUUUGCUCACGCAUGGAAACAGAUUAUUCCCAAUGUUUCAGUAACCGGAAUGUUGACCUUAACCCCAAUUUUGACUGCAUGUAAAUGUAGUCACCGUCUCUUCUAACACAUGUUGUUGAGUUACUCCAGUUUAACAUCAGUAACCCCCAGCUGCAGCUCUGUACGUGAGCCACCGGUUAGUAGACCAUGAAAUGAGACAAAGAAAGGGAGAUUUAGCCGUUGAUCAUCGGUCAGCAAACCCCCCCAUCAAUAUCGAUCCAUUUCUUCAGAGCGACGAGGUUCCUGAUCAGCUGGGUUCUCUCUGUGUGGAGUUUGAUGUUUUCUGGUGCUUCCUUGGGUUUUUGCCAGUGACUUGUGUUUCAUUCUGAAAUGACCCAAGCAGUGGCCGUGUCUUGUUGUCUUUGUGGGGUCUUGUGAUGGACUGAUGGAUCUGUUCAGUGUGUUCCCCCUGCCUUUCCCCUGAAGAGAGCUACGACUAGCUCAAGCAGUCCCCCUUGACCCGUAACAGGAAGAAGAUCAUGUAAUAUAAGAAGAUGAUGUAAAGCACAGGUAAUGGAUGGAUAAACUUGAAUCCCCCUCUGCAGAAUCUGAGUGUACAGGCAGAACUGGGAUUCUUUGGGGGGGACAGCUAGCUUAGCAAGUGACAAAUAUCAGAAAGCACAUGAGCGAUAAGUACCGUAUUUUCGCGACCAUUCGGCGCACCGUGUGGAAAGGCGCACCCUCAGUUUUGUGUGUCAUUUCUGGAUUUAAAACACACACACGGCGCACCGACCGAAAAGGCGCCGUCUACACACAAGCGCGCCGCACAACACACACACACGCGCCGCACAACAACAUGCGCGCGCUGCAGAACACACACAAGCACACAAGUGUGCGUAUUUAAAAAUAGAGCGGGAGCAAAACUUAGUUUGAUUGUACUUUAUUUUAGUUUUUACAUUAAUCAAACCCAUCGAAGUCCUCAUCCUGCAUUAAACAGCUCUGCUAAAUCAGCUGUGCCAGUCCAAAUUUCCUCGCUGUCAGAGUCACUUUCCGUGCCGUGCGGCACCUCGGAAAUGCACGCUUUUGCGAAAGCUUGCAAAAUAGUCCCAGCAGACACGUUAGCCCACGCAUCAACAAUCCAUCUGCAAACUGUGGCACAACUUGCCCGGCGCUGCCUUCCACUCUUGGUGAAACUGUGUUCCCCCUCAGUCAUCCAUCUCUCCCACGCCGCUCGCAGCCUUAAGGCUGAUUUAUGGUUCUGCGUUACACCAACGCAGAGCCUACGCCGUAGGCUACACCGUACCGUACGGCGUAGGCUCUGCGUCGAUUUAACGCGGAACCAUAAAUCAGCCUUCACUUUGAACGGCCGGUUCACACCGACGUCCAGCGGUUGGCGUUCCUUUUUCAGACCUCCCGGAAUAACAGCAAGCACAGCGUUCAUAUUUUUCACUUCUUUUUUUACAUUGUCUGUGAGAUGGGCGCAUAGAGUCUCUCAUACCCUGUUGCGUAGAUCGCCGCCGUGCUGGUCCCCGUCCUCUCCACCGUGUGAUUCACCGGGAUGUUGAAAGUCAGCUGGUUUCUAAUGAUGAUGGUCUCUAACACGUCCGCAAAUCACGGGUGAUUCACGCGCCCCCCUUCCUCCUUUAACGUUCUCAUGGUGGCCUCAAUUACGUCCGCCUUACAAUAAUACAUUGGGCACGCGGCACAUUUAAAAAAAAAAGCAAGACGUUUAUAUGCGCCUAAUGGUCGUCAAAAUACGGUAGAUCUGCUCCAUAACUAGACCUAUGAACGAGUUGGAGCAAUGUCUAGAGGGGUGAAAGUGAGCAGACAGACUGCUGAGAGGAUCUGAACAAGCUUUUGCCUGUUAAAUUAUCAUCAUAUUCAUCAAUCUUUUAAUAUAAAAAAAACUGUUUGUGUCAAACAUUUAAGUUGAUUUUCAGGUUUUAUUUGCUGUUACAGUAAUUACUGUUAUUUUAAUGUCAUUUUGGGGUAUAGGAGCUUUGAGUUCACAACCAUUCUUUUGAUGAAAACUUUAUUUUUAUCAUUUGUAAUAAAGUUUACUUCAGCUUAUGUUUACUGAAGCUAAUGCUACAUAUCAGUAUUAUACCUAUUAUACCUCAUUAUUACUCAUUAAUGGUUAUAUUUCAGAUGUCUAGGCUUUUGGGUACUGGCUGAUAUUUGGAACCGAUCUGACACCAUUGAUUGCUGUAUCUGAUCAAUCAUUAAGACUGAUCAGCUGGAAGUUCAGUUUGUUGCAGUUUGUUGUAAAUAUUUUAAUCGUCCCUGAAUCAGCUGUUAAAGGCGCUUUUGAUGUUUUUCAGUGUUUGACUUUACAGGUGGACUUUUUAGCGUUUUUAGCUGUCCGUAAAUGUUUCCUAUGUGCACAUCUGGACUCACCCGAACGCCUCACGCUCCCGCGCCUGUGUCGGUGUGUUCAUGACGUGUUGUAAAGACGUUGUGCCGUGCAGUCACAUGACCGCCGUUUUGAAUCAAUGACAAACAUCACUUGUGGAAAGUUUGAUGAACAUCUUCAGAUGUGCAGUUUCAGUGUGUCGGUCUGACGUGUUUGUCGUCUGUGAACAUGAAGAUGAUGGACAGAUGUGUGCUGUUAAUAAAC